AUGGCUAGCUCUAAUCUCGGGCUCAGACCCAUCGGAGGAUGGCUGAGCGCCCCGAUCCCGCCGCCUUUCUCACCUGGAGCAGCUACGGUGUGUCAUAAGAAUAUCAAAGUCUCAUCCGCAUUAUUGGCCGCAGCCGUUUUCUCGCUGGCGAGCGGUUCCCAGCCGCCUAUCAAGAAGGCGACUCAUAUGGCCUUCUACAAGUGGAUAUCGAGGAGCAGCAGCAAUAACGAGCUGAGUCCCGCACUUUCGACGGGACAGGCUGCAUCGUCCCAGGAAUUGGUGAAGUCCGACUCCGAAGAUUCGGACACGGCGUCGGGGAGUUCUCCUUGGAAGGGAGUCGACGAGACUACGGAUAAGGACGACUUGUUUCACGAGGACGCUUCCAGGAAGCUCAUUGAAGCGCCGCGUCCGAAGAGAAACCGCAGACCCUCUCGGAGGCGAUGCACUGUCAACGGUAACUGUCGACGCGGCCCGGUGAGCAGAAUCCUGAGGAAUUUGAACCGGGAGCUCCCGAAAUUCGGAAUCGAUAAGGAGCUCCAGGAAGGCGUCGCUCAAGACGACGACAAGACGCCCGAUCUCCUCACCGAGAAGAGUUCGGCGCAGGUUCUGAUGAGUUUGGAUAAAAUCCGAGACGAUUUCUGCAAAAUUCAGACCUUCGCGCAGAAGAUCGAAGUCGAAGGUUGUCAUCCGAAGACCAUCGUCAACAACAUGUGUUACGGUCAAUGCAACUCGUUCUACAUUCCUAACCACGGGUUGCCUCCUUUCCGAACGUGCGGCAACUGCGAGGCUUCGAAAACUCAGAAACUCCGAAUCACCCUCGUCUGCCCCGGUCGUCUCGACGGUUUGCACGCCGUAUACGUCGACAAGGUGCUCAGCUGCCGAUGCACGAGUCGAGCGGCGGGUGCACAUUUUUAGAUCUUCCAAGGAGUGUUUGCUCUUGGAGCCAAUUGUCUGUGAUAAGAGCGAUCUAGUCCGCCCGGACUAAUAUAUCGGUCGCUUCCCUGUACAUAACUUGGAGAUGUAUAUAGUCUGUUCGAUACGGAAUAAAGUCGAGCAAUAUA